GUGCUUGCAUUCUGAAAAUCCAGUAGCGGAAAUAGUCAUGUAUACUCUAGUAGGCAAACCUUCAGCUAGCUAACAACGCCAAGAGACUUUUCAACUCAUUUGUCCACGACAUUAAAAAAAGAUUACAUUUUGUUUUACAAAUACAAUCGCAGUUUUUUUUAAGGAUAUUUCAAUUUAUGCUGAUACUAAUUUCUAGAAUUCGCUUUCAUUGGCUUUGGAUGUGAGCAUAUACUAAAACGUGCCAGGGAAACCGAAGAUAGCUAAAAUCUGUGUUUUCACAGUUACCUAGGUUAUCGAUAAAACAGGUUUGGGCAACACUAACCUUUUCGUGGGAUAUUCGUUGAAAUGAUUCUGUCACGAGUGAAGCCAGCUGUGGGAGGAGAGACACCAGUGAACGUCGGUGAAAAAAAGAAGAAAAACAAAUCAAAAGUUCCCACUUUGGAGGAGUACCUCCAGCAGAGAGACUACCUUGGAGCCUUGACUUUGUUGGAGUUUCAGGGAAGCAUCGGGGAGAAAGACCAACGUGCCAACCUCUGGAUUGGCUACUGUGCCUUUCACUUGGGGGACUACAAGAGAGCUAUGGAGGAGUACAAAUCACUGAGCAUGAAACCAGACUGUCCGCUUGAGGUGUGGGUCUACCUUGCCUGUGCCUUAUUUUUUUUGGGGCUCUAUAAGGACGCUGAGGAGGCUGCAUCAAAAGCACCAAUGUCGCCCCUCCAGAACCGACUCUUAUUUCACUUGGCUCACAAGUUUAACGAUGAGAAAAAACUCAUGGGUUUCCACCAGAACCUGGAGGAUGUGACAGAGGACCAGUUGAGCCUGGCAUCGAUUCACUACAUGCGUUCACACUAUCAGGAGGCAAUAGAGAUCUAUAAACGCUUACUGCUGGAGCACAGAGAUUUCUUGGCUCUGAAAGUGUACGUGGCUCUGUGUUACUACAAACUGGACUACUAUGACGUAUCCCAGGAAGUGUUGGCUGUGUACCUGCAGAGCAUCCCUGACUCAACGAUUGCUCUGAAUCUUAAGGCUUGUAACCACUUCAGGCUUUACAAUGGGAAGGCAGCAGAGGCUGAGUUGAAGAAUCUAAUCGACAUCUCCUCCUGCUCAUUUGAGUUUGCAAAGGAGCUUAUCCGACAUAACCUGGUGGUGUUUCGAGGUGGAGAGGGGGCACUGCAGGUGCUGCCUCCUCUUAUUGAUGUGAUCCCCGAAGCUCGACUCAAUCUGGUCAUCUACUAUCUAAGACAAGAUGACAUCCAGGAAGCUUACAACCUCAUCCACGAUUUAGUUCCCACCACCCCUCAGGAGUAUAUUUUGAAAGGAGUGGUAAAUGCGGCGCUUGGACAGGAAAUUGGAUCUAGGGAUCACUUAAAAAUUGCUCAGCAGUUUUUCCAGUUGGUUGGAGGCUCAGCUAGUGAAUGUGACACUAUUCCUGGCAGACAGUGCAUGGCCUCCUGCUUCUUCCUCCUGAGACAGUUUGAGGACGUGCUCAUAUAUCUCAACUCAGUAAAGGGUUACUUCUAUAAUGAUGAUACAUUCAACUUUAAUUAUGCUCAGGCCAAAGCUGCGCUUGGUAACUACAAAGAAGCGGAAGAGCUUUUCCUGCUCAUACAGAGUGAAAAGAUCAAGAACGACUACGUUUACCUCAGCUGGCUUGCAAGAUGCUACAUAAUGAACCAAAAGGGUCAGUUUGCCUGGGAGCUCUAUCUGAAGAUGGGCACAUCUUCAGAUUCCUUCAGUCUGCUGCAGCUUAUUGCCAAUGACUGCUACAAGAUGGGCCAGUUCUACUAUGCAGCCAAGGCAUUUGAUGCACUAGAGAAACUGGACCCAGGCUCAAGUUACUGGGAGGGGAAAAGAGGGGCGUGUGUCGGGAUAUUUCAGAUGAUACUGGCGAACAAAGAGUCCAAGGAGACUCUUAAAGAGGUUUUGGUCCUUCUGCGAAAUUCAGGAAACCCUCAGGUUGAAUACAUCAUCCGAGCUCUGAGGAAGUGGGCGAAAGACAACAGAGUUCUCCUGUCAUGACUGCAGUCGGUGCUAAACUUGUGCACCACGUGUCGCUUAAAUGACUUAACUGUAAAUCUGUUUGAAUUUGAUGCAUUACUAGAGUCAUUUGUGUUGAGAAUGUAUUUUGAAAUAGCAGGUCCCUAUUUUAAUAUUUGUAUUAAAAUGACGAAUUUG